GAGGAGGUGUGAUAAAGGACUCUUUUAUCAACCUGACAAGUGGAUACGAAAUUUGAUCGCUGGACUAUAUUUUUCUUUAUAUUUUCAGACUGGGGAUUUAUCGAUUCGUCACAUGCGCACGCCUCUUCAUUAUAAUUGCAGACAGUUGGGUGCUGUUCAGGCUGAAUGGACUUGAAUGUGUAGCUGCCAGCCUAAUCCGUGCAGACUGGAAGAUUUAAUAAUUCACGGUAAUCACGCAUUAUCGCCUCAGUGGAUGCACUCAACACAGCUCUGGUGAUUUCUCCCUCUCUUUCCCCAUUCUUCCUGUUGUGUCGUGGAGGAUUUAUCGACGACUGCUCGGCAAAUAUAACGCUUAUCUGAAAUAUCAUCUGUUGCUGCAACUGGAUUGAAAAACCCCCAUGACUGGCUCUGACACGCGUUUCAGAUAGACUGCCUUGGGAUGGACUGUUAAAUAAGAAGCAUUUUAUUCCCCGUUUUUUACUUCAGGUAAAAUGGACGAGAAAUUAUUAUUACUUUUAUUACUUCUCUUAUCUCUACACGCGAGGCAGUGAUUCUGCUUGUAUUCAUCAUGAUCCUUUUACUCCGUUGGAUUGCCUCUUAUUGAUUCAGAGUGUAAACUCAAUACAUUACAAGACGAAUUUCAACGUGAAGUGAAAGCCUGCUGAGGACAGUUGGAUACGGGGGUCGCGGAGGUAUUUCCCUCCCUUGUUCUUUAUUUGAUUUAUUCCAUUUUAAACUGAAGGGUAAAUGUUGAUGAUGGAGGACGACGAAUUGGACGCUCAUCAGGUUGAUUCGGAUUUCGAGCCGCAAAGCCGGCCUCGCUCGUGCACCUGGCCGCUGCCUUGCCCGGAGGACUUCCCCGGAGGCAACGAGGUCAGCGGGGGUCUUCCACUGGUCAACAUCAAGGUAGAACAAGAAGACGUCCCGGCUUGCAUAGCGGGGCUCGUAGGCGGAACGCCGGGAGAGCUAAAGCAUCCAGCCGGUGCCCCAGCACCCACAGGCGCGACGCACCCAUGCCUGGUUGGCGCGGCGCUGGAUGUGACCGGACCGCUGCGCAAAGCCAAAUCCUCGCGGCGGAACGCGUGGGGGAACCAGUCCUACGCUGAUCUCAUUACCCGCGCCAUUGAGAGCACCCCAGAAAAGAGACUAACGCUGUCACAGAUAUACGACUGGAUGGUCCGUUAUGUGCCCUAUUUCAAGGAUAAGGGCGACAGCAAUAGCUCAGCUGGCUGGAAGAACUCCAUCCGUCACAACCUAUCCCUCCACACACGUUUUAUCAGGGUACAGAAUGAGGGAACAGGGAAGAGUUCUUGGUGGAUGCUGAACCCGGAUGGAGGGAAGAUGGGCAAGUCUCCCCGCCGGCGAGCAGUCUCCAUGGACAACAGCACCAAAUACCUAAAGAGCAAAGGCCGCGUCCGAGGCAAAAGGGUUGGCCGUCCUGGGAUAGGAGCGGGGUCUGUUGUCGUUGGGCUUCAGGGCUCCCCCGACCAUGGCAGCCCACCCCGGAAAGGCCUCCCAGCAACUGGGGGUUCAUGUGGGACAGACGGAGAGUUUGAUGCUUGGACGGACCUCCAUUCCAGGGCUAGUUCUUCAGCAUCCACACUGAGCGGCCGUCUGUCACCCAUCCUCGCAGAAGGAGAGCCAGAGGAACCAGAGGAGAGCGGCCUGUCCUGUUCCACCUCCCCCCAUCUCUAUCCCUCACCGACCAGUGCCCACUCUCCGUCCAGGGGGGCAGGAAAUCUCUGUCCUCCACUCGAGCAGCUGCCCCAGCUAGCUAACUUGACAGGUGCCAUCCGCCUGGAUGAGCAACUGAUGGAGGAUAGUUACCAUCAUCAUCACCCAUCGCAACAUCAGCAGCAUUCAGCUGUUGGCAGGCAUAAGCACCAAACCCCCGUCUACCACUACAGCUCGGGAGUGAAGGGUCAGAGCCCCUAUGGUGCAGGCGUCUAUGGUGCAACAGGCAUGGGGAUGCUACGCCACCACUCACCCAUGCAGACCAUUCAGGAGAACAAGCCGGCAAGUUUCUCUGGAACCAUGCGGGCUUACUCCAGCACCAACGCCCUGCAGAGUCUGCUAACAGGAGUUCCAGCAAGGCAGCAGUACUGUUCCAAGGACAUGAUGCUGGGACAGGAGAGGGAAAGCCAUCCUAUGAUGGGUCAAACGAGUAAUGGAGUAGGCUCCAACCAUCACAGCCACCACCCUGGCCCCCACAAUGGCCACAGCCACAAUGGACCUCAUAAUCACAGCUCUGCUCAUAGCCAUAACAGAACUCACAGCCAUACGAGUAGUCAUAACCACAACAAUGUCACUAACCACAACCACAACUCACCUCACAGCCUCGCUCACAACGGUCACAACCUCAACCAGAGCCAUAACCACACACCGCCCCGGGCUGUGGCCCUCACCCCCCGCGGAAACAGCAAUCAGCUGCAGACCUACAACCACAAAGCCCCCUACCUGUACAGCCCCCCUUCACAUGCCCACCUCCCGGCCACGACCACCCUCCCCCCAAACCCAGCAGGUAUGCUCGGCAUGCCCCAGGACUCCUGCCACUUGGCCACCGCCCCACACCCCCGUCACAACCAUUACCCAGACCCACAACACCAAGGCAUGACUAACGGACCAUACCAUCAUGGCCAGGGGAUUGGUAACGGUUGUGUUGGUAGCAACUACCAUGGCUAUCACCAACCUCUCCCCCACGAGAGACUACCAGCGGACCUGGACAUUGACAUGUUCCACGGUAGCUUGGACUGCGACGUGGAGUCCAUCCUCCUCCAUGACAUUAUGGACUCUGCGGAGGAGAUGGACUUUAACUUUGACUGCUCCCUUGCCCAGGGGGUGGGCAUCGGCAUGGGUAUGGGCAUGGGUGUGACCAUGGGCAUGGGGAUGGGGAUGAGCGGUCUGACUGGUCCACAACAAGCCCACAGCAACCAGAGCUGGGUGCCUGGCUGAAGUCUAUGACAACACAUCCUUAACCCUUAAUGAACUACCCUACCCAUAAAGCACUGUGCUCAACUGUGACAUUCCUGACUUGACACAGAGACUAUAGGACCAACACUUUCCCCCCUUUGUUGUCUUGACAAUUAUUCUGUCACCCUACCCUCUUUUGAUUUCCCUUCUCCCCCCUUCAGAGAACUAGUUCAUGUCACGUUAGUUUUUUCUUCAGCUAUACUGUGAUGACAAUCUCUCAGCUGUGCUUGCCCGACAUCGCUUCUCAUCUACCAUGAGAACUGAACUCUCAAUGCACUUUAUUGCAAGUGGGUCACAUCUCCCAGUGCAACGCGUUCUCAGAGCAGUGCAGGCAGAGCUUGACAUGUUUUGUAAGGUGGCUGCAGCAUUUGACGGCAACAAAUGAGGAAAUCACAAGCUCUGUUUAUAAAGUGACACGUCUUGGCAUUGAAUUAAAAUUGAACUCCUCUUCUCAUACUCUUUCAUUUGCAGAGGUGGUGACGACAAUCUUUUUUUUUGUGUGUCUUUUAGAUUCAUAUUUGCAAAACUGUAUACGUUUCCUCUUCUUUAUUUGAAUCAGAAUUCCUUUA